AGUACGAAGCAUGCGCAGUUAUUGAUUCUUUUUCAUCGGAAUUUUUGUUGCGCCAUCACAUGUAAUAACGUCGUUUUCAACUACAAUGCAGCUGUUUAUUCGUGGGUUGGAAUUAAAUGUUUUAAAUAUUGAUGACAGGGAAGUUUCUGUACUUGAUCUUAAACAUGAAAUUGCUCAACUUGAAGGCAUUUCAGUUGAUGAUCAAGUGCUGUCUUAUGGUGGCAAACCAUUAGAAAAUGAGAACACUCUUGUUUACUAUGACAUUAAUGAUUCGGCAACCUUGGAUGUUACAGGACGAAUUGUCGGCGGAAAAGUUCAUGGUUCUUUGGCUCGAGCUGGUAAAGUGAAAGGUCAAACACCCAAGGUUGAUAAACAAGAGAAAAAGAAGAAGAGAACAGGUCGUGCCAAGCGACGUAUGCAAUACAACCGACGCUUUGUUAAUGUUGUUCAAACAUUUGGCAAAAGACGCGGACCAAACUCAAAUGCACCUUGAAACACUCUAUAGAAAAUAUGUUUCUUUGAUUAUGAGGUGUUAAUGAAGAAUAAAAACAUAGCUUAAACUUA